CUCAGGGAGAAAGAACCGAAUGUUGAAGAAGCUCGCACCGCCUCUCAGGCGCGCGGAAAACGAAAGAGCAGGUAGUUAUAGUUGCGCAAGAUUCCUAUUCUUUGAACUCGUGAUGUAUGACAAAAAUUUAGUUGUCGUGCAACCUUGUUGGGAGGCGGAGGAACAAAAAAUUUACCACGGAAAACAACAGGUCCUCCUACAGACAGUUGUGGACAACGAGGAUCAUGAUCGCGACGUGGCUGCGCCAUGACGAACGUAAUUUCUCAAACGCGACGGGAGUGCUGCGCUUAUGUCCACGCGGUCUUAAGGUAGGAUUAGUGUACUAGUAGUAGCAACUUCGCUCUCGAAUGAAGAUGAAUUGUUUGAAUGUCCAUGCACUGGUGGUCGCUCUUGACGGCAACAGCAGUCUCCAAGAUUCACUUUCCGUCUUCUCCAGGUAACCAUCUGUGCUAGCACAGAGGAUCCGCGCCGUUUUAUUGGCGCAUCGUACGUCUACCUACUUGAAGCGCGCAAGACGACAACAAGCGACGGCUACUUCAUUACACUCCUGUGGUGGACACGAGGAAUAGAAACGAAAUAAAAGUGCUUGCUGAAGAGGGACGGACGAAGGGGAUCUAAACGUAGACAAAGGUCCUUUUUUCGUUGAGUUUCUGUGUGCAUUUUGGAGGUCUUACCGCACUAAAUGGUGACUGACGGGCUCGGAGCAGCAAAAAUGCUUAGGUGACGUAGUACUAUCAGAAUUACUGUCAAUAUCUCCAUUCUACUCAACACACACAGGUACUCGGGCAAUCCAACAGCGAGGACGCAAUUUAAGGAAGGAGUACCGCAAUCGAUGAUCCGAGUAUAGUGAAUCGGCGGACAAUCUUCAGAAAAGUUUUUCUCGUAACUGUAUUCAGUAGUACUGGACGCGAGGUUUCACUUCAAUUCGCUUCG